GAUAACAACACAAUAUAAUAAGAAUUAUCUUAUUAUAAUAUAUAUAGGAAUUAUCUUUUUAUUUUUAAAUAUAUUUUUGAUUUUGGAUAAUUCUUAGUUUUAAACACUUAUAUUAUUAAAAAAUCAAAUUCGUUUUUAUUUUUUAUUAAUUUAUAUAUUUAAUUUAUUAAGGGUAUCAUCGAUAUUAACCACUCUAAUUUUUAACGUGGGAGUUCCGUUGCUAAAAAUUACUUCGCAAAUAAUAGUAUAGAUAGAUGUUGUAUUUUCUCGAGUUUGUACUAUAAAUAUUAAGAUUUGAGAAUAUUAACCAAACCAAGCGAGUGUCAAAGUUUUCUUUUAACAGAAUCAUUUGAAUGUCUUUAAUAAAAUAAAAUGUUAUGUUUUAUAUAAAUCAUUUAUUUUUUCUUUAAAUACAUUAUAUAUACUUUUGAUCUUAAAAUUUUAUGUUCUGGUUGUAUCUACUAAUGUUUUGUAAAUUUGGGAAGAAGCAAACAUAUCACCUUAUCUGUAGAUUAAAUGUCUUUGUGUUAGCAUUACAAUAUACGGGUCACGACACAAUCAUAUCGUUGUAUCAUACUAUUUGGUCAGUGUUGAUGUAUUUAUUAACCACUAACCAAUAAGACAGAAAAUUAGCAAACACGUGGGCUUCUACCAAGAAUAUUGUCGCUAAUCGUCGUCCUUGUCUAAAUUUAAAGAAAUCCAAAUACACAUAAUAAAACACCAUAAGUAAAAUAAUUAUCAGAUAGGCUAUUAUACCAAUACUUAAAGUUAAUUAUGUAUGAGAUACUUUUGUUUUUAUUCUAAAACUUUGUCUUGCUAUUCGUUCUUUCAUUGUUUAAGGUUUAAUCACCAUUAGUGAAGAUGAUGAACCCGUUAACUUUCUAAACCCAAUCAAAUAAAUCUUCCUAAUUUUAUUAUUUAUUUCCUAAUAUUUUUAUCAUAGAUGUACGUAAAAUAAAAACACAAUUUGGUCCACACUCCACAGUUGUACCAUCUUUACCAAAUCAAAAACCUAACACUAAACUUUCUCUUGCAUAUAUAAAAACACACCUCCUCUACUCUUAACUCAUAUCACUAAUCACCAAAACAUAAUACAAAAAGAAGAAACACGCAUUAACAAAAUGGCAGCUAAUCUAGAGUGGUGUGACAGUGAUGUAGAGGAAGAUUACAUAGACAUGGAAGUCACUUCUUUCACUAACCUCGUACGCAAAGCUCUCAACAACAACAACAACAACAAGCCUAGAGAAUUUGAGUUCCAAAUGUCUCAUCUAUGUCCUCUCGAGAUAGACAAAACCACUUCUCCAGCAGAUGAACUCUUCUACAAAGGGAAGCUCCUCCCUCUUCACUUACCUCCACGUCUCCAAAUGGUUCAAAAGCUUCUAGAAGAGUACACCUUUGAUGAAGAGUUCUACAGCACACCGUUAGCCACCGGUACGGUUACAACUCCGGUGACGAGUAACACUCCGUUUGAAUCUUGCACCGUCUCUCCGGUAGAUUCUUGUCAAGUGAGCAAAGAGCUUAACCCCAAAGACUAUUUUCUUGAAUAUUCAAGUUCACUGGAGGAUGAUGAGAAGAAGAAAUCUUGGGGCAAGAAGCUAAGAUUGAUCAAACAGUUGAGUUUUGGAACUAAGAUUAAAGCUUCGAGAGCUUAUCUAAGAUCGUUCUUUGGGAAGUCAAGUUGUUCUGAUGAGUCGAGAGUUGCUGAUGAAGGAUCUAUGUUGAGGUAUUCUCGAGAAGAGAGACCUAAAAAGCAGAGUAACGGUUCUGUUCCUAGGAGCCAUAGGAGAUCGUUUUCGGUUUCUAUGAGAAGACAAGCUGCAAAGAGUUUGAACAACAAGUCAUCGACUAGCUUAGGGUUUCGUCCGUUGCAGUUUUUGAAGAGAAGUACGAGUUCGAGCUCAGAGGUAGAGAACUCUAUUCAAGGAGCUAUCUUGCAUUGCAAGCAAUCUCAGCAACAGAAGCAGAGGCAGUAUAGUGUUAAUGAGGUUGGAUUUUGUUCGUUGUCAACUUCCAAAACUGCAAGGGCAGAUGAUCAAGAACGGGCUCAGAUGUUUAGGGGUUAACUAAAUAAAUAAAUUAGACUGAAGACUAUGAGAAGAUAAUAAUGAGUGAGAGUGUGAGAACUAAAGAUUAGAUUCUUUGUUUUCUUUUGAUUUUUACUCUUAUUUUGCUUCUUUGUUUUUCGAUGAAAUUUCAUAAAUCCCUAAGGCCAUUUCCGUGUAAAAAAUAAAUAAAUAUGAUUACAAAUAUUUGUUUUAGAUUCAGUUACAUGUGAUUAGAAAUUUUUUAUUCGAUUCCAGUUUCGAAACAUAAAUUUAUUCAAGUGUCUACCAUAAUCUGAGAGUAUUUAAGGAUUUUAUUAUCCAGUAGUAGAGUGGUAACUUUUUCUCCCAAUAUAUGUGUUUAAAAUCAUAUGUAACACGUAUGUUUGAUGUUGUUUAGCUUGUUUAUCUUUAUUUUUCUCAUAUUGGUUUUUCUUAAUAUUGACAUUACACCGCAUAACAGUUAUGAAUUAAUAUUUUUUUUGCUAUGGUUGUUCAUAAUUGAUUUUAUAUAAUUGUAACUAAAAAUAUCAUAUGAAUAAUUUAAUUUACACUUAAUUAUUGUGAAAACGUGAAUUGUCUCUAAUUUGACACAUCUUUUGAACUUAACUAUUGCAUAAAAUCACCACAAGUAGUGAUAUUAGCAGGAAAAAAAAAUCUCAAAGGACAAAAGAGAAAACACAUAAAUUACUGGAGAUUGAUUGAGAGCAGGGGCGGCUUAUUAUAAGGGGGUGGUCAGCGCGACCCAGUGGCGGACCUAGGACCUAAUUUUAGGUGGGUCAAACCAUGAAAAAAAAUAAAAAGUGUCAAUAGUGGGGUUUGAACCUGGGAUUAUGGGUGUCACUAAGGGUAUUUUACCAGCAGAGCUAGAUGAAUUCCAUUGUUAACUAAUACAAAACACAUAUUUAUUCAGAUUUAAGGUGUGUCAUGUGACACCCCAUCUCUUAACGUGGGUCCGCCACUGGUGACCACCCCGGACCUAGUCUAAAUAUUAAAGGAACCAAUCACGGACUGACACGUGUCAGUGAGACCCGUAAAUAGUGUAAGAAAUGGACCGAAAACGAUUCUUAUCUCGCGAUUUUUGUAACUGUUUCUAGUUUUUUUAUAGGGUCCACACCCAUAAGAGUCGCUUUAAAAGACCGCGAUAAAAAUGGUCUAAGAACAUUAGAAACUAAUAACUAUUGGCACAACUAAAAAUAAUAAUAUUGAAACUAAUAGUUAUAGGGCACACAAAAAAAAUUUGCCCAAGGGCCCUGCAUGGUAAUGAGCCGGCCCUGAUUGAGAGACUGAAAUGAUGAUUCCCUAAACACGAGUGUACAGAGUCAGACGGUCGCUAGAAAGGUUCACUUCUCGUAAAGUUGAAAAUCUGGAAACAUGGAUCCUUGCUUUCAGAAAGCUGAUCGCUACUUCGCUCCAUAGUUAUUUUUUAAUAUUUAAGUGUAAUUUGUGAAAACAAAUCAUUUAUAUGUCAAUGAAGAAAUGAUGUCUACGUGUACAUAAAAGCAUCAUUACAAGACAUGAUGACGUACACAGUAACCUAGGGGUUAGGUUGAAAUCCGAAGUCUAAUUAACCCAUUUUCUAAUGUUAAUUAAGUAUCUUAUCCAGCGUCCUCUUUUUAUGUUAAUCUCUAUCAACCUUUACACAUAAUAAUCUGUUAAUGGCAAACUAUUAGUGUACAAUAUUGGUUAGAGUUGAUAUAUUCUUGGUUUAUGUUAUUAGUAUUGAUACAAGAUGUAAAACAAAAAAAAUCCAAAAAAAGAAGAUGUAAAACAAAAUUAUAGUUACUUUAAAAUGUAAUUAACAUCGACUAAAUCGAAUAACAUAAAGUUCUUUAAA